UUUCACAGAGGAUGAAUACUUUCCUUGAACACACCAUGGCCAAGCGAGUUGCAGUGAUUGGAGCUGGUGUGAGUGGCCUGUCCUCCAUCAAAUGCUGCUUGGAUGAGGACCUGGAGCCUACCUGCUUUGAAAGAAGUAAUGACAUCGGGGGACUGUGGAAGUUUACUGAAACUUCUAAAGAUGGGAUGGCCAGGGUCUACAAGUCAUUAGUGACAAACGUCUGCAAAGAAAUGUCAUGUUACAGCGACUUCCCCUUCCAAGAAGAUUAUCCCAAUUUCAUGAAGCAAGAAAAAUUUUGGGACUACCUCCAAGAGUUUGCUGAGCACUUUGACCUUCUGAAAUACAUUCGGUUUAGAACCACAGUGUGCAGUGUAACAAAGCAUCCUGACUUCUCCGAAACUGGUCAGUGGGAUGUUGUCACAGAGACAGAGGGGAAGCUGGACAGAGCUAUCUUUGAUGCUGUCAUGGUUUGCACUGGACACUUCCUGAAUCCCCAUUUACCUUUGGAGUCAUUUCCUGGAAUCCAUAAGUUUAAAGGCCAGAUCCUGCACAGUCAAGAGUACAAGAUCCCAACAGGCUUUCAGGACAAACGCGUCUUAGUGAUCGGUCUUGGGAACACUGGAGGGGACAUUGCAGUGGAGCUCAGUCGAACCGCAGCUCAGGUUCUUCUCAGUACUAGAACUGGUACCUGGGUCAUCAGCCGCUCUUCAGAUGGGGGCUACCCAUUUAAUAUGAUGGCUACAAGACGACGCCAUAAUUUUACUGCACAAGUUCUGCCUUCAUGUGUACUAAAGUGGAGUCAAGAGAGGGGCUUGAAUAAAAGAUUUGAUCAUACUAAUUAUGGACUAAAUAUUACUAAGGGGAAAAACCCAAAAACAAUUGUGAAUGAUGAGCUGCCAACCUGUAUCCUCUGUGGGACAGUCACUAUGAAAACCAGCGUGAAGGAGUUUACAGAAACCUCUGCUCUCUUUGAAGACGGGACAGUGGAAGAAAACAUCGAUGUUGUGAUCUUCACUACAGGAUACACCUUUUCUUUUCCCUUUCUGGAAGAACCUCUCAAAAGCCUUUGCACAAAGAAGAUAUUCCUGUAUAAGCUGGUCUUUCCCUCAAACCUAGAGAGGACAACACUGGCUAUGAUUGGCUUCAUCAGCCUUACAGGAUCCAUCUUAGCAGGCACAGAGCUCCAAGCACGAUGGGCCACAAGAGUAUUCAAAGGACUCUGUAAGAUACCUCCAUCUCAAAAAUUGAUGGCUGAGGCUACAAAAAAGGAGCAGCUCAUAGAAAGGGGUUUGAUGAAAGAUACCAGAGGAGACAAACUUGACUACAUUUCCUACAUGGAUGACCUCGCUACCUGCAUAGGCACGAAGCCCAAUGUCCCACUUCUGUUCCUCAAGGAUCCCAGACUAGCUUGGGAAGUUUUCUUUGGACCAUGUACUCCUUACCAGUAUCGCCUAAUGGGCCCUGGAAAAUGGGAUGGAGCCAGAAAUGCCAUCCUGACCCAGUGGGACAGGACACUGAAACCUUUAAGAACUCGAAUAGUUCCCAAUUCCUCCAAGCCUGCCUCCAUGUCACAUUAUUUGAAAGCUUGGGGUGCACCUAUCCUGCUCGCCUCCCUUCUACUGAUCUGUAAAUCUUCAAUUUUUUUGAAAUUGGUGCCAGAAAAACUAUGGGACAGAAUUUCUCCUUACUUAAUAAGUAUUUGGCAAGGAUAA